AUGGGCGCUAAUUCCAAAAAGGCUCCGCCACUUCCUGCCCCGACUGAGACCGAGACAGCGACGCCGACCGAAUUGACGACUGAUGUGUCCAAGCCUGGCGACGAGAAAUCCUCCUACUCCCUUCCCGAGGACGGCACUCCCGUCACGAUUCGCACGCGCGGCCACAAGACCAACCGCUCCCAGACGUCCCUCUUGAUCGAGUAUUUUGAGGGAAGCAAGGCCAACCCGGGAUCCGACCGCAAGCCCAGCGUCCGCGUGCGCCUGACCCCUUCCAAGAAGAGCAAGGGCGAUCACAUCCAGGUGACGGAGACCAAAGGCUCUCGCAAGGCCUCUCUGACUCGACGUAUACCGCUCGACGAGGCCAUUGCCUCGCGCGAAAUAGAGCUGGCCGAGGGAGACGCUAACAGCAUGACGUCGUACGCAUCGGCGACGGAAGAGUCCAAUGUCUCGAGGAAUCCAAUCGACAUAGAGAUCGACCGCAAUCGUCGGCGCCGACGACCUGCCAGCCCAUUGAUCCCCACGGCCGAAUCCUACCAGCCGGGCAACCCCUCGGAAAUCUCCGCCAUCCCGACUGACAGUUUUCUCGAUGGCUCGGGAGGCACCGGUGAUGCUAGGCGCUCGGCUAGUCCAUUCCGCGGACCACAUGGCCUGGCUGCUGCUGCUGCCACGGGAGCGCUCGCCGGCGCCGCCAUGGGCGAGAUCAGCAACAACAAGACUCGAGGCAAGGAGCGCGUCAAGAUUGCAGACAAGCCAAGGGAGAAGCCGGAGCGGAAGCGACACUCGAAAAGCAGGACGAGCAGCGUCAGUGAGCCCGCGCCUGAAGAGCUCCGCUCGCCACGUCGCCGGUCUAGCCGCAGCCAGCAGGAGUCCAAUGUCUCCGCGGCCGAGUCUAGCGUUCUGUCGUCGAAUAUAUCUCCGAGUCAUCGCUCCCUCGACACACGCUCCAUGCGCUCGGGCACCUCAAAGUCAUCCAUCAACAAUCCGAAGCUCCUCGAAACCGUCGAAGACGCCAUUCGCAGGCUCAUCUUGCCCGAGUUGAGCGCCCUCAAGCGGGAGCAGAGCAAGCGCGAGGGCCGGCGUGGGUCCCUCACCUCGACGUCGGGCACAUCCGCCUCACGGGAUGACGUCUCCACAGAUCGCCGGCGGUCGUCGGGCCAGCGGACCGAUCGUUCGCGAGAUGCUUCCCGUCACCACGAGGGACGAAAACACGACUACGACGACACGUCGUUGCGCAGCCUCAGCCGCAGUUCCGUCGAUGCCGAUUACCAGGGACACGAUUCCGAUGUUGUCACCCCGAAACGCAGCAACAACUUGCUCAAGAGGGCGGCCGCCGGCGCGGCGGGGGCCGCCAUGGCCAAAAGCGCGUCUUCCGCCUUGGACGACGAAAAGUCCGAUUCUCCGGAGAGGAGGCAGCGUGACAGACGCCGAAGGAGGGCAGACUCUGUAAGGAGUCGCAGCGACCAUUACGCAGAGGAAUAUGAAGAUGAGGAGGACCUCGCCGCUCCAGCACCGCCAAUGCCGCUCAUGAGCGACAUCAACCCGUCCGACAUGACCCGAACGUCCAUCCUCUCUGCCGUCACCGACAGGCCUCAUUCCGCCAGCGAGGAGCUCGUUUCCGGACACGACGCAGCCAUGGCCUCUCCCGCCUUGACGCCCACGGGGACAAGAACUCCAGUCGACCUCCAGCAGACCCUAGGUACCAAGCACGCCAACGUCUCCCACGGCGAUCUGAUGGCCCUUCCCCGUGGAAAGAAGGAAUACGACCAGGAAUGUGAAACCGACGAUUCUGGUCGUCGGAAUCAGGUGGGCCACUACGACGAAUAUGAGGGCAGCCCGCCCGACUACCCCGAAGACGAUUAUGAAGACCGCUACUUCAGCCACCAAGACGUGCCGCCUCCGCUCAAGUACGUCCCCUAUCAGGCGGGGGCGCGGGGCCUGAGUCCCAUUCCGAGCGUCUCGGGGUACACCGAGGGAGGAAGCGAAGCUCCACCGCCCCAGAGCUGCCGGGAUCUGCACUCUCCCAACGGCCAACCGUCCCCGGGAAAGACUCCGGAGCUCGGCUGGCAUGUGCGAUCCGCGCACUCGCAAGAGUCGGUGCCCAGCAAGGCGAGAAGCGCAGAGUUUGAUCAAACUUCGACGGGCGGCGGUCACGGCGACGCCCUGUACGAGCAUUCCGCGCAGGAAGUGCGAGGCGUCGGGGCCAAUCCCGACUUUGUCCACCCGCCCAUGGGCGUAGAGUCGGCCGUUGCUUCGCUUGUGGAUGGCUCGAUGCUCGAGCAGUCUGUUUUAACUGCCGGAUCUGGCUACGACCACCACGGUGCUCGGGACUCUACCAUAUCAUACGACAACGGGUCAAAGGCCUACAGCGGCCGAGGCCUGAGCCCUGGCAAGACGUCCGUCGACAGCCGUCGCGAGCUCGAGGAAGAGGCGCAUGCCUCCACAGGGUCACUAUCGCAGACGCAGUCGCAAGAGUUCUCCGAAUUCGAUGUCGACGAGCACGGCCGAAAGGUCCCCCGCACCAAGUACAGGCAUUCCCCCACCGCCUCGGAGGCGGCCAUCACAGCCGGAGCAGUCGGCGCCGCAGCCGCAGCCUUGAAAGCCGCACAGGAGAGGAAGCAAGCGACCGCCGAGGGUGGUGCUGACGAGGCCUUCCGACCCGCGGGAGUAUUCCGGAACAAGUCGUUCAAGGAGCGCACCAUGCAGGGCUGGGAACCGCGCAACACGCCUGCACACAGCGUCGACAGGCUUGAUCUUGAAGAGACUCCAAAAGUGGGCGCCAGCGGCGUUCCCGACUUUGACAACCCCAUGCCCGAGCUUGGUUACAUCGACGAUGACCUGCACACCAACCCUUCCCUCGUGGAGGGUCGUCUUGACGGACGGCGGGACGGAGGGUCGUGGUCCGGUCGGGCGACGCCGACUCAGCAGGACUAUACUGGCUAUGGGCAAGACCAUGGCGGCAAAGAGGGGAGUUUAGGAGUUACGGAGGCCGUGGGAGCGGCUGCCUUGGGAGCUGCCGCUGGCAUGGCCGCCACGCAGAGCCAGGAUCAAGAUGAAUGGCACCGAACCUCGGAUGAGCGCAAGCGAGACACGCUCAUAACGAACCCUUACGAGGACGCCAGCCCCAUUAAGUACGACGAGGGUUACAUGUCAAACGGGCCAAACCGGACGCCAGACGCCGGUUCCAAAGGAAAGGCCGUCGACUUCGGUGGCGGCGACGACCCCUUCUACGCCCCUCGGGACCAUGGCCGCCACCUGAGCGGCAUGUCUCAGGGAAUGACGUCUCCCUUUUAUGAUGCGGCCACUGGCGCGGGCAUGGAGCGCAUUGAGAACAAGGACAUUGUGGCCUUGAUGCAACAUUUAAUGGUGCGUGAUGCACAGAGGAGCGCCCGCGACACGGAGAUUGUGGCAUUGCUCAUGAAUGCGGCGUUGGAGAUGCGCAACUCUUUUCGGGAGAUGAAAGACCUGGUCCAGGACACUGGUGACGAUGUGGUCUUUGCCAACGUGGAGAACACGGAAAAGCUCCAAAAGUCCAUCAAUGGCCCUAGGCCUUAUCCUGGUGCGGCGUCGCGUUCCCUACAGAGCGGCUCUCAGGCCGGCACAAUCGAUGACUCGGCAAGCAAGAAGCGGAAUCUGUGGCGACGGGCGCUGCAGGGCCUCAGUGCCAAGGGCACGAAUGACCUCAGCCGCAUUGAAGACAUGCUGAUGCAAUUGCUGGGCGAAGUCGACGUCCUCAAGACGCAGACGGCCCGGCCAGUUUCCACGGCGGGGCCCGCCCUGUCCUUUGACAAUCUGCAGCCCGAGGGCCAAUACGAGCAAGACAAGGGCUACGAGCCCGAGGGCAACUCGACGGCCAGUCACGCCAGCCACUCGGGCCACUUGUUGGCGUCGCAGAACCGCGGGCAAGGUGCCAACCUGGGAGGCGACCGGAGGCUCUCGGAUCGUCCCAUCAGCACGGUGGAAGAGGACGACGAAGAACUCCAAUACGACCCUCCCAGCCCUACGGCCGAGAGAACAAAGCCCCCCAGCCGAAUGUCGCUCGGCCCGCCCGACCAAGUCCAGCGGGGCGGCUCCGUGCCACUCGAGACGCCACCGCAACGGACCGACUCGGCUGGGCAGCAGCCGCUGAGUGCCGAGAACACGCCUCGCACGGAAAAGGGCAAGAAACACAAGUCGAGCAGCUCGUCCGGAUGGCUGCCCAAGAUUUCGCGCUGGUCAGAGACGACGGCCUCGAGCGUGGGGCGGGUGCUCCGCGGCAGCGGAAACUCCAAGAAGGGAGGUCAGAAAUACGACGACUUUCCGCCUCCCUCGCGCUCUGGCUCCAGUCUGGCUUUGCACGAGGACAACUACAGAUACGAUCCCAGUGAGGAGGACAAGCCUCACUCGGGAUUCUCCGAACAGAACCUGGCGUCUCCGAUGCAGGAACGAGAACACCAUGGCCCGGCCAUUGUGCAGAUGAGCCCGGAGGACCCCAAGUACAAGGCACACCGCAAUUCGCUGAACCUGCAGCAUCCUCAGCCUCGGCCCGGGCAGACUGAGCGAUUCCGGACGGCGCUGGAGACGUCUGCCCAGGAAUACAACAACCCGCUGACGCCCAGGUCGACGGAGUGGGCUGGUUCCGCGACGAGCCUGAACCGCCUGCCCACCAACACGCACAGGUUCAGCAACCCUUCGUCGGCCGGGGCGACGGCCGAUGGAGAGUACUGGCACUCGUCGCCCGGGCCACCACGCCCGCCCAAGGAGCCGAUGGAGAGCCCCGGAGCGCAGGCGCCGGCGCGGGCGAGCCGAGUGUCGAAGCUCAAGGAGAACAGCCCGCCGCCGCACCAGAGCUCGGAGAGCGGCUACGGGACGCUGACGGCAACGCACCUCAGCCACCGCUCGGGGAGCAGCCCAAAGCCCGAGAACAGGAAUCUGAACACGAUGCUCGGGGUGCCCGCCCGAAGGCCCACUGGGCCCAGGGCCAUGACGCCCAAGAGUCCCGAAGCGGAUGCAGCCAGGGAGGAGAGGCGGCGGAAGAGAGACACAUUUGGCACCAUUGCCAGCCAGGACACGGAUACAUUUUAG